AUGUUUGCCGGAAGCUCUGACCCGCAUCGAAGUCCUGUGACGGCGCUUCUUGGGAUUAGCAUAUUUAGCCUGCGCCGGCGAGUGUGCCCGCAAGCUGUCGCAAGUGGCUCUUGCUCUGCUCUGCGUGCUGAGUGCUGGCCUGCAACAUCGUUCAUCGCGUUUCGAGUAGGGUUUGCUUGGCCCAUCCAGGCUACGGCUACUGCCCCAUCUACGCCUUUCAGGCAGCAUCCGAUCCGUGGCACAACAGCAUACUUGAGAUUUGGUUAUGCCGGCUACAUAGAUGUGGCGCAGAUCAGAUCAAAGCCUCGACUGCAGAUGCUGUCGGGCGCCCGGCAGGGAUCCGCAGAAUACUUCAAGAGACAUCUUUGCAUUCCGCAGGAGCAGAUUGACAUUCGCCGCUUUGAUGUCUUCACAGAGCUCAUUGAUGACGUGCGCCAAGAAUUACUUGCGAGUCGCAGUCGGCUGCUCAAGGGCCCAGCCGGACGGCGCUUCGCCGCCGCUUCGCCGCCGCUUCGCCUCUUCGCCUCGAUCGAGAGCCUUCAAGCGGAGCUUUCCAGUGUUCUCUUCCAUAGUGUGAACAGCGGUGGUGGUGAACUAAGAGAGGCACACACGAUGCUCCGCGUAUGGCUUCUGCCGAUAGCCGCCAUUGCGGCAGAGGUGGGUCCGGUGGCACCGCCGCCACCACUGGAGGCGAGUCCUUUCCAGGACACGGUAGUGGCUCCACUCCACACGGCCGUUGACCAGUUGGAGCAAGUAGGAGCAGAACUUUUGAAGCGCCUUGCGCUGACAGUAUCCGACAAGACCAAUGAGGACAAGACACUGUUGGAAAUGGGCACUGAACUCCGGAAGGCACUUGGCGAGGUGGUGCCGUUGUUGCUGCAAGCACGGGACAACAGCUCGGCUGUGGACAUUGAUACGCGGCCUUCCAAUGCCUCGAAGGCCACUAUCGCCCAAAACGUCUUGCUGCACCUCCAGAAAUACUCGACUUGGGCCUGGCCUGUGCUGGACGGAUACUCGAAGGUGGCCUUUACUGAUGGUGAGCCCAUGACCGCCGACUUGAACAUGAGAAUGCAACGCGGCACCAAUGGCUCUUUGCAGUACUUGAGCUCUGUGUUGACCUUCGCUUGGGCAGCCGCGGAGUACCAGUUCCCAGUAAUCGAGGACCUCAUGGCAAGGAAUGACAGCAGCGGCGAGGUGGUCGCCAAGGCAGGUUGCUCGGCCAACUACGCACAGUUGCUCGGGGACAUCACUAAGGUCUUUUCCGAUCUCUCCAACUCCAAGAUCUAUUGCUUCGAGUCGCUUACCAACAAGACCGCCCAGCGCGAGUGCGCGCAGAAUAGCAUUAAGUCACUCGAGAAGGUAACAGCAGCGAUCGCAGAGGCGGCGAAUGCGAUGUGGCAGUGCUUCGGCAUCUUCUGGGGGUGUUCCCAGCUGAUGAACUCUGCCUACAACAAGCUGUCACAGGCUUACUACGCAAGCUUCAAAAUGUCCAGCAAAUGCACCAUCGACAAGGAUGCCACUUGCGACGAGGAAUUCUAUGCCUUCAAGGCAUUGGGAUCUCUCAGCGCAGCAAAAGGUUUGCUGCAGUCUGCGCAGCAGGAGUGUGACAUCAAAGGAGGUACCCUGGAGCAUCCCCUGAAUCCCUGGGCCGCUACGCCUUUCAUGCCCCGGAAGGACCCCAAAUCGGCUGAGUGUGUGGUGCAAAGCCAAUCAAUGCCCGCCGCCAUAGAUGUGCUCUACGAGAGAACCGCUGUCAGCCAGUCGACUGCGGUCAUGCAGAUGGCAUACGCAUCGACACGACAGAGCACUGACGAGCGCAUAUCGGUUGGUGCGGACACUCACCGGGGAACUGCCUUUGGCAUCACGCUGGGCAGUCGGCUUGCUGGCAUCGGCUACUUCAAGGAGCUUGGAAGUGCAGCUGUGGGCGGACUUGGAGUGCCAAGGCACGACAACCAGCAAUUAUCCGCCAUCGUCAAAAAGUUGGUUGUGAUGGUGGGCCAGCCGAUGCACAGUCUGGGCCAUGUGCUUGAACCCACUGACAUGAGUCCAGGUAGAUGUGGCGAUUCCCACCAUUCAAGACAGUAUGCCUUGAGCAACAGCAACAGUGAGAAAAGGAAUCGAUUGCUUCACUGCUCGUUGGUGGUCUUGCUGACGGCUACAGCAAUGUCACUUGUCAGCGCGCUCGUGAAGAAGUUCCUUGCGCUGGAAAAGUACUUUGUGAAAGACAAAGGGAUCGUGACACCGCACGCCGGCAAGCGCUCGCUCCACGUUGAACAAGGUGUCUUGAAUCCCGAGCUGCUUGCAGGGUUGCCGCUCAAGCUCGUGGACAGUUGUGUCAAUUUCGAUGCUGCUGUGAGUUUCAAAGAGGAUCAGCCGAACAGAGUCCAAAGCCACCAUGGCAUCUCGCUAGAGAUCGAAGUCUUGUCAUCUCCCUACAACGAGGAGGGGAGGGAGGAGGCUCUGCUGCGCCUGCGGCGUCGGAAG